AGGCUAAUGCUAAUGAAAUAUUACACAAUAGAGCAAGGCAAAAGAGGAUCAAUUUGGAGCAAGAAUGGAGAAGCAAGCAGCACAAACAAAUUGUUAUAAAUAAAAAAGAAGAUAUAGCCAACAACUAUAAGAAGAGAGAACAGUAUGAUAAGAAAGAAAGCUUACAGAAAAAGAAAGGAGAAGAAGCUAACAAGAAGAGAAAAACUGAAAAGAGCAAUAAACACAGA